AUGGUAUACAUCAAAUCAGCUGCCGUUGCCCUUCUUGCCAUGGGGGUUACCACAGCCUGGCAACCAACAAAUCCAUCCUUUGCAUCUCGAAGACUUUUCCAAUCCAGCACGGGCGUUGUACCACGAGGACCGUCUGCCUUGAAUGUCGUCACAGAUCCAACUUCCAGUGGUCCAAUGGGUGGUUUCACCGCUACCAAUUCCGAGAACCGUCGUGUUGUCCCUGAAAACCCUAACGGGCGCCCGACCAUGAAAGUCGUGUACGUCGUUUUGGAGUCUCAAUACCAAUCUUCGAUGACUGCAGCCGUGAAGAGAAUUAAUGUUGGAAACGACAACAUGGCCGUCGAAUGUGUCGGAUACCUGUUGGAAGAAUUGAGAAACGAAGACGCCUUCGAACAAUUCAAGAAGGAUGUCGAGUCGGCUAAUGUUUUCAUUGGUUCUUUGAUCUUCGUUCAAGAACUUGCUGAAAAGGUCAUUGAUGUUGUGAAGCCAGCUCGUGACAAUCUUGAUGCUGUUCUUGUUUUCCCUUCGAUGCCUGAGGUCAUGCGUUUGAACAAGGUUGGAAGCUUCACCAUGAAGAAUCUUGGACAGUCGAAGAGUGUUGUUGCCGACUUCAUGAAGAAGAAGAAGCAAGAAGACGGGUCUUCCUUUGAGGAGGGUAUGCUCAAGCUGCUCCGAACUCUACCAAAGGUCUUGAAGUUCUUGCCAAGUGACAAAGCAGCAGAUGCGCGUACCUUCAUGAUGUCUUUCCAAUACUGGCUCGGAGGAUCACCAGAAAACUUGCAGUCCCUUUUGACAAUGGUUGGACAAGAUUACGUUGCCCCUAUCAAGGCUGAGAUGGAAGGAAAGGAGAAGAUGGUCGCAGAAGAGCCAAUGCUUUUGCCCGACAAGGCCAUCUGGCAUCCUGUUGCACCAAAUUUCGUCUUCGAGACACCGCAAGACUACUUCAAGUGGUAUGACAACGAAUUCUGCCCCGAUGCCGGUAUCGACCCGAAGACAGCACCCACCAUCGGAAUCCUUCUUCAAAAGUCUCAUAUCAACACCAAAGAUGACACCCACUACGUUUCUUUGAUUGCAGAGAUGGAGAGCCGUGGUGCCCGUGUUGUUCCUGUCUACUCCGGUGGCCUUGACUACUCUGGACCUGUUAAGGAGUACUUCGUAGAUGCUAACGGGAAGCCCAUUGUUGAUACCAUUGUCAACUUGACUGGUUUCGCAUUGGUUGGUGGACCAGCUUCUCAAGACCACAAGAAGGCUGCCACUGUCCUUAAGGAGCUCAAUGUUCCAUACAUGUGCGCAGUACCACUUGUCUUUCAAUCCUUCGAAGAAUGGCAAUCCUCCGAGCUUGGUCUACACCCUAUCCAAGUUGCACUUCAAGUUUCUCUUCCAGAAAUUGAUGGCGCCAUCGAACCAAUCAUCUACGCUGGGCGUGAAGGUGCUACUGGACGCAGUGUUCCACUGGCUGACCGUGUUAACCUGCUUGCCGAUCGUGCCUUGAAGUGGGCCAACUUGAAGAACAAGGAGAAGGCUGACAAGAAGAUUGCAAUCACAAUCUUCUCCUUUCCACCUGACAAGGGCAAUGUUGGAACUGCUGCCUACCUAGAUGUUUUUAAUUCCAUCCAGGCUGUCCUCGGCCAACUCCGAAAGGAAGGAUACAAUGUCGGUGAUGCUCCAACUACCAAGGAAGAAAUCAUGGAAUCUAUUUUGAACGAUCCCGAGGCCAAGAUCUCUUCCCCAGAGUUGAAUGUUGCGUACAGAAUGAAUACCAACGAAUACUACGAGUUGACACCCUACGCUACCGAACUCGAGGAAAAUUGGGGACCUGCUCCUGGAAAUCUGAACUCUGACGGACAAAAUCUCGUUGUUUACGGAAAGCAAUUUGGAAAUGUCUUCAUCGGAGUUCAACCAUCUUUUGGAUACGAGGGAGAUCCAAUGCGAUUACUGUUCGCGAAAUCUGCUAGCCCCCAUCACGGUUUCGCUGCAUACUACACCUACCUCGAGAAAAUCUUCAAAGCCGACGCAGUUUUGCACUUUGGAACCCAUGGAAGUCUUGAGUUCAUGCCUGGAAAGCAAGUUGGUAUGUCCGGAACAUGCUACCCGGAUCGCUUGAUCAACUCUCUGCCAUCUGCGUACCUCUACGCUGCCAACAAUCCUUCAGAGGCGACGAUUGCCAAGAGACGUUCGUACUCUGCCACCGUUUCUUACUUGACUCCCCCAGCUGAGAAUGCUGGACUCUACAAGGGUUUGAAGGAGUUAAAGGAACUUAUUUCUUCUUACCAAGGACUUCGCGAGAACGAAGGACGCGGACCUGCCAUUGUUAACUCUAUCGUAUCUACGGCUUACACCUGUAAUCUCGAUAAGGACAUCGACCUUCCAGAUCUUGAGACCUAUGACGCCCAAAGCGAUAGUAAGGACGACCGUGACGACAUUGUUGGACAGGUGUAUUCCCAAAUCAUGCAAAUCGAGAGUCGUCUUCUUCCAUGUGGUCUUCACACUGUUGGUGUGCCACCAACUGCCGAAGAAGCAGUUGCCACUCUCGUUAAUAUUGCCCAACUUGAUCGUCAGGAAGAUGGAAUCGAGGGUCUUCCACGUGUCAUUGCCGCCUCUGUCGGGCGUGACAUCAAUGAGAUCUACCGUGGAAACAACGUUGGUGUUCUCGAAGAUGUUGACUUGAACACAAAGAUUGUUGAAGCUUCUCGCGCUGCUGUCCGUGCCCUUGUCAACCAAUCUACUGACGCUUCUGGACGAGUUAAGGAAGUGAAGACUAUCUUCGAUGACAUUGGUAGCUUCUUCGGCCAAAAAAAGCCAUACACCAGAGCCAUCAUUGAUGCUGGCUUCUCUAAGGUCGAAGAAGACCGCCUUGAGCCAGUCAUGGCGUAUCUUGAGUUCUGUUUGAAGCAAGUAGUUGCCAACAACGAGCUUGGUGGAAUUAUGGAGUUGUUGAAUGGAGAGUUCUUGAUGCCUGCCCCGGGUGGUGACCCAAUCCGUAACCCAGAUGUGUUGCCCACUGGACGAAACAUGCACGCUCUUGAUCCCUCUGCGAUUCCAACAAAAGCUGCUGUCGACGUGUCUGAAGGUGUGGUUCGUAAGAUGUUGGAGAAGCUCCAAGAUAACGGCGGCGCAUACCCAGAAAGCAUUGCCUUCACCUUGUGGGGUACUGACAACAUUAAGACCUACGGGGAGUCUCUUGCCCAAGUCCUAGCCCUUGUCGGUGUCCGCCCAGUUGCUGAUUCUCUCGGUCGUGUCAACAAGGUCGAGUUGAUCCCUCUCGAGGAACUUGGCAGACCUCGUAUUGAUGUUGUUGUUUCUUGCUCUGGUGUCUUCCGUGAUCUUUUUAUCAACCAGAUGAACUUGAUGGACCGCGGUAUCAAGAUGGCGGCUGAAGCCGAUGAACCGAUCGAGAUGAACUUUGUUCGAAAGCACGCUCAACAGCAAGCCGAAGAACUAGGUGUUUCUCUUCGUGAGGCAGCUGCCCGUGUUUUUUCCAACUCUGCUGGUUCUUACAGUGCCAACGUUGGGCUUGCGAUUGAGAAUGGAGGAUGGGAAGACGAGUCCCAACUUCAAGAUCAAUUCCUGACUAGAAAGGGUUUUGCAUUCAACGCUGACAAGCCAGGAAUGAUGGAAAGUCAAGCUGCUCUUUUUAAGUCUGCGUUGAGCACCGUCGAUGUCACUUUCCAAAACUUGGACUCUUCUGAAAUUUCUAUAACUGAUGUCUCUCACUACUACGACUCCGACCCAACCAAGGUUGUGCAAGGACUUCGUAGUGACGGAAAAAAGCCAAUGUCUCUGAUGGCUGAUACGACCACUGCGAAUGCUCAAGUUCGCACCCUUUCUGAGACUGUUCGUCUUGAUGCUCGUACAAAGCUUUUGAACCCUAAGUUCUAUGAGGGUAUGCUUUCCACUGGAUACGAAGGUGUCCGUGAAAUCCAGAAACGACUCCGUAACACCAUGGGUUGGUCUGCCACAGCAGGUGAAGUUGAUAACUUCGUCUUUGAAGAUGCCAACGACACAUUCAUCAACGACCCAGAAAUGCAACAGCGACUACUUGACACUAAUCCCAAUGCCUUCCGUGACAUGGUCACGACCUUCCUUGAAGCUAACGGACGUGGAUACUGGGAUACCAGCGAGGAAAACAUUGAACGCUUGCAAGAACUUUACGCUGAAGUUGAGGACCGUAUCGAAGGUGUCUAA